CCCACUUUUUGUAAUUUGUACUCGGUUGGGCAACGAAAACUGCCGCUCCUCCCGAAUGAUUUCACUUUGUCAUGAAUGAAAAUAAAUUUUACGGUGGAUACUAUCGUGUAAAUUGUGAAACAAUAGACAUUUGAAUAAGUGCUAGUGAAUGUGCAAAGGUGGAUUCGUGGUUACAAGUGUUUUUACCAGUUCUUCCUUUACAAAAAUUGUGAACUUACAAAUGUUUACGUACUCAAUCACAGCACAGUGAUCUUCAAGCUAUAGCCGAUACAAUUAUUAUUUAAUGGGAUCUUGUUGAUAGAAAAGAUCGUGAUCGGGCAAGAUGCCGGAGGGCGUGGCGAAGGACGGCAAGGAUGGCAAGGAGGAGAAGAAGGCGAAGGAAUCGCCGAAGCGGCGGCCCGGCAACCUCGCGCGGAUCAAGGUCGAGCUGCUGGAUGGCUCCACCAUGGACCUGGAGGCUGAUAGGAAGAUCCGCGGGCACGAGCUGCUGUCGAAGGUGUGCGACAGUCUGAACCUCGUGGAGAAGGACUACUUCGGGCUGCUGUACGAGGACCGCGGCGACCCGCGCGUCUGGAUCGACCUCGAGAAGAGGGUGUCCAAGAUGCUCAAACACGAGCCGUGGGAGGUGCGGUUCGCGGUGAAGUUCUACCCGCCGGAGCCGGCGCAGCUGCAGGAGGAGCUCACGCGGUACCAGCUCGUGCUGGCCAUCCGCAGGGACCUGCUUGAAGGUCGACUGCCAUGCUCGACGGUGACGCACGCGCUGCUGGCGAGCUACCUGCUGCAGUCGGAGCUGGGCGACCACGAGGAGUCGGAGAGCGGCGCGGGGCUGUGCAAGCAGCUCAAGCUGGUGCCGCCCGCCGCCUGCACGCCAGACCUCGAAGAGAAGGUGGUCGAGCUGCAUAAGACCCACAGGGGCCAGACGCCGGCGGAGGCGGAGCUGAACUACCUGGAGAACGCCAAGAAGCUGGCGAUGUACGGCGUGGACCUCCACCCCGCCAAGGACUCGGAGAACGUCGACAUCACGCUCGGCGUGUGCUCCUCCGGCCUGCUCGUGCACAGAGAGAAGCUGCGCAUCAACCGUUUCGCGUGGCCGAAGAUCCUGAAGAUCAGCUACAAGCGUCACAACUUUUACGUGAAGCUGCGACCCGGCGAGUUCGAGCAGUUCGAGUCCACCGUCGGGUUCAAGCUCGCUAACCACCGCGCCGCCAAGAAGCUGUGGAAGACCUGCGUCGAGCAUCAUACCUUCUUCCGGCUGACGAGUCCGGAGCCGGCGACGCGCGGCACGCUGUUCCCGCGGCUGGGGUCGCGGUUCCGCUACUCGGGACGCACGCACUACGAGUCGCGCGCCGCGCCGCCGCAGCGCCCGCCGCCGCACUUCGCGCGCGCGCUCUCCUCUCGCCGCCUCUCCUCGCGCAGCGCCGAUGCUCUGGCGUCUGGCGACAAGGAGGAGGCGAUGCCGACGGAGGCGACCAAGCGUCACACCAUGCCGCCGCAGCCCGCACCCCGACCCACUAUCAAGGAGAAGCGGCGGCGGUCCGGCGGCACCAGCGUGUCGUCCAGCUCGCUGGAGGGGGAGUACCUCGCCGAGCGCCUCGACAAGAAGCCUCCAGCGGGCGCUGUAAAGGUGAUGCCCACCUCGCCUGACAAAAAGAAGGAAAAGGAGGAAAAGACACCGGAACAAGGGAAACCCGCUGAAAACGGCACUGACGCCAGCAGCGACCCCGGCGUGACGAACAACACCGACUCGCCCAAGAAGUCCAAGGGAGGCUUCCUGUUGUUCGGUAGCAAGAGAGAGAAAUCCCCCAAACACGAGAAAUCUCCUAAAGAGAAGUCGCCCAAAGACAAGCCACCCAAGGAGAAGCCGCCCCGAGACAAGUCUCCCAAACACAAGGAGCCCAAAACGAAGGUGGCCGCGCUCGAUAUCUCCAACGACAGCUCGAACCUCGACAAGUCGACCGACAGGAGCCCCGCCAAGGGCGAUGACAAGCCGGGCUUCACCAAGCCCUACGAAUACACGGACACGGAGCGUAGCCCGACGCGAAAGCCCUACAUUCAAGGUGCAUUUAGCUACGAAAAGGAACCGAUAUCCGAUGAGAAACAGAGAAACCUGGACGAGAGUCAGAGUCCCGGCACGAGGAAGGCGGGUCUCGCUUUCAACUACGCCCCCGGAGAGGACAAGAAGGUGGCGCAAUCCGCUGAGAAACGGAAAACGCCGGAAGACCUCAGCAAGCUCCAGACUCCGGGCAUCGACUACGUCCAGUCGGCGGCUCUGAAGGAGCAGGCGAAAACUCCUAAGUCCCUCAUCGAUCCCACUCUAGCGCUACUCGACUCCGAGAGGGCUAACCAUGAGGCGGCGCCAGUGAUGCCGGUCGUCGCGCCCAAGAAGGACAGCGAAAUUCAGGUGGUCAUCAUCACCGGAAAACUCAACCCCAAGUCGAAGAAACUCGACGACGCCAACGGUACCGUCCUCGUUACCAAGGGUACGAUAAAUAAGGCCACCGGAAAAAUACAAACUGACAAGGAACAAAUCAACACGAAGACCGGCCAAAUCACUUUCACUGAUCCUGCCACAGGAAAGCAGGAAGUCAAAAACGGUCACGUCGAUUCCAAGACCGGCCAUAUACUCUUCACGACCGGAGUUAUCGAUCCUAAAACUGGAAAGAUCGAUCCGAGCUUGGCUCAACAGUACUGUUUCGUUGAAAAGUCCAAGGACCAAGUUGGCGAUAAGCCUGGCAGAGAGGUUGACUUGGUGAUGAUUAUUGGCAAAUAUGACGGCAAACACAAGAAGUUGGACGCCUCUCAUGGUCAUGUAGACGUCUCCAAGGCAAUCGUGACAUCAGACGGUAUUGUGAGUUCCAAUUAUGGAGUUAUUGACACCAAGAGUGGCAAAAUUGACUACCUAGAUCCGAAGACUGGGAAACAGGAACCAAAACAAGCUUAUGUUGACCAGAAAACUGGCAAUCUCUUGGUGACAACUGGUGUUACUGAUCCGAAAUCGGGCAAAGUUGAUUCCUCUUUAGGACAACAGUUCAGCAUAGUAGAGAAAGAUGCUACAAAUGCAAACAGAGAAGUAAGGUUGGUAGUUAUUACCAGCAAAUAUGAUCUGAAGAGCAAGAAGCUCGACCCGUCCUUUGCUCACGUGGAUUCCAUCAAGGGAGUGCUCAGUGGUUCCGACGGUAAAAUAUACACCGAAUACGGAAUUAUCGAUCCUAGAAAUGGCGACAUCCAAGUUACAGACCCUAAAACUGGGAGGCAAGAAACAAAACAAGCGCAAGUCGAUCACAAAACUGGCAAUAUUCUUCUUUUGUCCGGAGUUGUUGACCCAAGAACGGGACAACUAGACACCACAAUGGGACAACAGUAUAGUAUUGUAGAUAAACCUACGUCCACAUUCGCUGCGUGUCCUGGCCGGGAAGUACAAGUUGUGGCAAUCACCGGCAAAUAUGAUUCCAAGAACAAGAAGUUGGACAAUCCCAAUGGAUUUAUUGAAACUUCUCAAGCUGUAAUAAGCGAGAAAGAUGCGAAAGUACACUGUAACUUUGGAAUUCUAGAUCCCAAUAAUGGAAAAAUUUACUACACUGACCCCAAGACCGGCAAGCGCGAAGCGAAACAAGCGCACAUUGAUCCUAAAACGGGUAGCUUCUUACUAACAUCUGGGGUUAUAGAUCCAAAAACCGGUAAACCUGAUUCGUCGUACGCCCAACAAUUAGCAGUAGUAGACAAGUUGGCACCCAAAGGUGUCCCCGAAAGAUAUGUCAAUUUGGUCAUAAUUACAUCCAAAUACGAUCUCAAGAAUAAGAAGUUGGAUCUGUCCAAUGCUCAUGUUGAUUCGAUUCCAGGAACGAUUGACGAUGACGGCAAAGUGCACACUGAAUUCGGAAUCGUCGACCCUGCAACCGGUCAAAUAACAGUAACCGACAAAGCGACAGGAAAACAGGAGGUUAAGAAAGCUAGUGUCGACUCAAAAACUGGCAAUUUACUCCUGACGUCGGGAGUUAUCGAUCCUAAUACUAAACUGGUCGAUCCUACUCUCGGGCAACAGUUCUCCGUCGUUAUCAAGCCCAAAGAUACGUUCGCUUCCGUACCCGGAAAAGAAGUUCAGCUCGUCGUUAUCACCAGCAAAUAUGACCCGAAAUAUAAGAAGCUCGACAAUCCUAAUGGUCACAUAGAAACAUCGCGCGGUGUCGUCUCUGCCGAUGGGAAGGUCCACACGAAUUUCGGAAUAUUGGAUCCCAAGAGUGGUAAGAUAGAGGCUGUCGACCCCAUGACCGGUGCUAACGUCGUUAAAUACGCUGUCGCUGAUCCAAAAACCGGAAACUUUAUUAUAUCCUCGGGUGUGGCCGAUAAAGAUGGUAAAAUCGAUUCAUCCCUAGGCCAACAGAUAAACGUCAUCGACAAGGGCGUGAGACCACAGGAGAGAGAGGUUCAUCUCGUCAUUAUAACGACGAAGUAUGACCCUAGAACGAAGAAGAUAGAUCCGACCCAGGGCCACGUCGAGACAGUUAGUGGUACCGUUACGUCUGAUGGUAAGAUCAAAACAGAAUUCGGUCUAGUGGAUCCAGCUACGGGGCUUAUAACGAUAAGAGAUCCAAAGACAGGAAAGGAGGAAGUGAAGAAGUCUCAAAUUGAUCCUACGACCGGACACUUGCUUGUGACGAGUCAGGUUGUUGACCCCAAGACGGGCAAAGUCGACCCAAUUUUGGCCCAACAAUAUAGUAUCGUCAGUAAGCCGGUCGUAGCGUAUUCUAAGCCUGCAUCGAAGGGCGAGGUCCGAUUGGUGAUCGUCACUAGUAAGUACGAUCCUAAAACGAAAACCGUCGAUGCGGCUUCGGGAACAAUCGACGCGUCGAAGGGCUAUGUCAGCGAGGAGGAUGGCAAAAUUCAUACAGACUUCGGCAUCAUCGAUCCUAAAUCAGGACAAAUACUCUACAAAGAUCCCGUUACGGGUAAGCAGGAGCUGAAACAAGCCAACGUUGAUCCUAAAACCGGCAACAUUAUCGUCACAACGGGAGUCGUAGAUCCCAAGACGGGUAAGAUCGAUACCAGCUAUGCGCAGCAGAUAAACAUAAUCGAUAAACAGAAUGUUCUGGCUAAAGGAACCCCGGUAAAGGAAUCCCAGAGGUCUAGCAUUUCUCCUCCGAAACAAAUACCGAUCAAGACUCCCACGGCGACGCCGACCCAAACGCCGCUCCAAUCGCCAGUUCGAACCUCGUCUCCCAUCGUGAGCGCGGUUCAAAAGGCAUCGCCUAUCACCACCGUUCGCACCAUGUCGCCGACUAAACCGACGUCGGCCCCUCCAGAACCGCCAAGGAAGAAGAUCGUCAAAAUUAUGGUCGUGUUCACGCGCAUUGACCCGAAGUCGAGAAAACCAGAUUUCCACACGGCUGAAGUGGAACAUUUGACCGGUAUACUCGAUCCAAAUGGCCUGAUUGAAACCAAGUAUGGCGUUAUCGAUUCUAAGAAAGGAAGCAUGGUCCUGACCGACUCCAACGGUCAGAAACAGGCCAAGGACGGCUUGAUUUUGACUGAAACUGGUCAAAUAUUUAUCAAUUCGGGGGCGGUCGAUCCCAAGACGGGUAAGAUCGACUCAAACCUGGGAAUGAUUUUGAGUGUCGCUAAACAAGACGACCCGGUCGUAGAAAUAACGACGAUAACUGGGCCAGUCGAUCCUAAGACAGGAAAAGUUAGUAUCGAGGAUGGUACCGUGGAGCACACGAAGGGUAAAGUCGACGCGGAGACCGGAAACAUCUCGACUAAGUAUGGUGUCAUAGACCCAUCCAACGGCGUUAUGUUUGUCACCGACGUUUCUGGAACUCAGGACACGAAGCAGAUUCAAAUCGACGAAAACAAUGGACAAAUUACUGUCACUGGCGUAAAAGAUCCUAAAACCGGAAAGAUCGAUCCCAAACUUGGACAAAUAUUGGUAGUCGGAAGCCACAUAGAUCCCGUCGUGGAGGUGACGACCUUCGUUGGUAAAUUAGAUUCCAAGAAAGGUAUUAUCGAACCGAAGCACUCCGUAAUCGAGAGCAGCACUGGUCAACUGAAUCCCGAAAACAAUAUUAUAAACACUAAGUACGGACAGAUCGACUUAGUCAAGGGUACGGUGACAUACAACGAUCCUAAGACCGGCAGGUUCGAAAACAAGGAGCUCAAAGUGGACCCUGUCACCGGACAGUUCCUGCUGCGCAGUGGACAGGUCAAUCCCAGAUCUGGCAAACCGGACAAGGACGUCGGCCGGCUGAUGUGCCUUAGAAUAAUCCAGACCAAGGUGGACCCCGUAUCUGGAAAACAAAUCGUCGCCAACGACCCCAAGAACGUCAAAGUCGAUCCGAAAACGAACCAAAUUUGGAUCGCCGGGCCGAAGGACCCGCUCACCGGCGAGGUCCUGUACACCGCGGGCCAGGUUGACCCCAACACAGGCUACAUCAUCACGAUCUACGGCCGCCUAGACCCCAAGACCGGCCUCAUCACGCGCGCGCCCGACGUCGACAAGGCUCUCAUCAAGGUGGACCCCGUCAACGGGCAGAUCUACACCGCGACCGGCGAGGUGGGCGAGGACAAGCAGCCGCUGUACUCCGCCUCCCAGGUCGACCCCGGCACCGGGGAGAUCUACACCAAGCUGGGCAGGAUCGACCCGCGGACGGGCAAACUGAUCAUCAUCAAGAUAUUCGUCAUAACCCAGAAGGACGACAAGGGCCGCGUGAAGGAGAUCGACCCGAAGGAGUGCACGAUCGACGAGACGACCGGCCGCAUCAUCACGACGAAGACGGUGUACGUGUACCAGAUCGUCGACCCCGUCACCGACGAGACCAUCGAAGUGGACCCAGACGACCCGCGGCUGAAGGGCGCGCGCACCACCGUCACGCAAACCAUGACGCUGUCGGGCAAGAUCGACCCCGCGACGGGCCGCAUCCGCACCGAGUACGGCGACAUCGACCCCGACACCGGCGACAUCGACCCCAGCACCGCCGUGCGCGACCCCGUCACCGGCCAGCUCAUCCUGCACUACUCGCAGAUCGACCCCUCGCACUUCGAGGACAAGAGCGGCAACUACACCAUCGAAAAGGAGACACAGGAUCUGCCCGCCGACAUCGAUAUCCAGACCGUCAACACGCACAAGUUCUCCACGUUCGGCAAGGACGAGAGCCCCGCGCGCGGUGACGAGCCCCGCACCUUCACCGAGUACACCACCAGCGAGCACGUCCGCCACCAGGGCUACGUCUCCACUACGCCCCUCUCCUCUAAGAUCCCCGUCUCGCAGCGGGCCAAGAAGUCGCCUACGCCGCCCGUCGUCGUCAAGACGACGACCAAGCAGCUGUUGACGAAGACGGACGAGGGCGUCACCCACAACGUCGAGCAGGAGGUCGAGAACCUCGGCACCGGCGAGGUCACCUUCUCCACCCACACCAACAAGGCGGAAAGCCUGUCGCCGGCGGAGCAGUCGCCGUACGUGCGCGCCCGCGCCGUGACGACGCGCACGGCCACGACGCACCACGACCUGGACACGCGCGCGCGCACGCAGCAGCUGGAGGAGAAGACGGUGGCGCACACCCUCACCUCGUCCGCCACGCGACACGAGCAGCGCACCCUCACGCAGCAGCUCAAGACAACCGUCACCACCGGCGAUCAGCUCACCAGGCGCGGCUCAGAGAGUUCCCUGAGCAGCGGCGACUCUGGCACGCCGAUCGACUUCGAGGAGGGCGCCGGUGAAGCAGCGUAUUACGUCACAGAGCCGGGCGCGUACAAGACGACGACGACAUCGACGGUGAUGGGCAACGCGCCCUUCGGCAGCAUGGUGCACGGCGCUGCCGCCAGGAUGAGCACGGGCCCGACGGUGACGGAGGUGGUGUCGGAGGGCGAGGCGACGGAGGGCGCAGAGGGCGCGGAGGGUGCGGAGGUGGUCUCCUCGCAGACCAUCAGCUCCAAGACGCGCACCGUCGAGACCAUCACCUACAAGACUGAGCGGAACGGCGUGGUGGAGACGCGCGUGGAGCAGAAGAUCACGAUCCAGUCAGACGGCGACCCCAUCGACCACGACCGCGCGCUCGCCGAGGCCAUACAAGAGGCCACGGCCAUGAACCCGGAUAUGACGGUGGAGAAGAUCGAGAUCCAGCAGCAGAGCACGCAGCCGUAACGCGGCCGCCAGCCCCGCCAUCUUGUCCGCCCGCCACGUGCUCGCCACGCAAGAUGGCCGCCGCACAACAUGGCCGCUGAAAGACACGGCCGCCACGCAAGAUGGCCGCCGCCUCUCCCCUGUGUCAAACGACAGCCAGAUCGCCGUACGCGAUGUAUAGUUACAGUAAGCCGUUUCUGUACAUAAUGAUUCAUGACUAUAUACUACGACUUUACAAGAUGGCGGACGACUUAGACGUAAGCGACCCUGCGAAUAUUAUUAUAAGUUAUUUAAUAAAUGUUUUUAUCGAAUUAUUGAUUUUAUAUUAUUGAUGUUGUGUCGUCGAAGCGCACGAUUAUUUUACGAGACGGUCGGGAGCGAUGGGAAUUAUAGGCAUUUUGAAAUUUGUACCUUCUUAUAGAUUUUUUAAGCUUAGAAGUAGGGAGGAGCGCUUUGUAGAGUGAACGUUGCCAUAGCAGGAACUUCGGAUCAUAAUCUCGAUAUGAUAUUUCGAUUAGCUUUAAACGUGUCACACGAAUUUUUACCACCGUUCUAGUAUAACGCUUUUGUUACAAAAUGUUCGACCACCCGUCUAUUUAUUGUAAAACUUCUUCU